AUGGACAACGGGAAUGCCCAGAUGUACGUGGAGGAUAGGACAGAGGCACCAGGGGCCCAGCCAAGUCCUGGCCUGAGGACUGCCAGCAACAGGGCUGGUGAGCCCACCAUAUCAGAAGUCAGCCAGGCUGUGUUUCCAGAUGCUGAAGCGAUGGACAGUGGCCCGCAGCCCUCACCAGCCCUGGGCGGGCCGGAGACCGGGCCCGGACACAGAGCCGCGUCAGAGGAGGGGUUUCUGCAGCUCAGUCCCCAGGAGCAGAAGCCUCCGGCAGGACCAGGGAUGAAGGUGCCAUCUUGGGUCCCCCAGGAAGGGCCCAGGGAGCUGCAAGCAGACCGGGAUCCGCCCACGCCAGGAAGUGAGCUGGGGGUGCCCCCCAACAGGGCCCCUGCAACACAGGAAGGGCUGCUGCAGCAGGGCUCAGGAAAAGAGACUGAGGACCAACAGGGAAGCCAGCGGAACCCAGGGCCAGUGGAGGGUCAGGGCCCUGAGAGUCACCAGGACCCAGAGGGUCAGCCCAUCCCAGGGCACCUGGCAGCCAAUGAGUCAGACACAGUGCAGCCGACAGAGCCUUAUUGCACCUUGGACAGCUCUGAACAGCAACUGGGGGACAAGCUCCCCAAGGAGGUGGACACCCCACCCAUCGGGCCACAGGGGGCUCUGCCAGAGCCUGGCCCAGGGGGACAUGAGGACCGUUCCCAGGAAGCAGAGUCCUUAAUGCCUACGGCAGCUCUGGAGGGAAAGACAGCUCACACUGCCCCACCACCCACGCCACGACCCGACACACCCAAAGCAAGAGACGAGGCUGUGGAGAUCCAGCCAGCACCGGGGCCUGCUCGUCCACCUGAGGUGGUGGACACGGGAGCGAGGGAGCUGGACCCCACGCAGAAGCAGUUUCUGGAGCCCGCGGCGGCCCCAGGCGCCCAGGACCCCGGCUUCGCCCGGCCUGGCUUCAUGAGGCGCCUGCUGGAGGUGGAGGAGGAGGAGGCCGCGCUUCGGAGGGCCGCCAAGGCCCGCGCCCUGCCAGGCCGGAGGUGCCCCCGGGCCCUGGGCCCCGUGCCCGCCCCUGCCCUCAGCCUGCCUCUGACACUGCCUGCAGCCUCGGCCCCGGCCCCUGCCUCCGCCCCGGCCUGGGCCCGGCCGCCCGCCCCUGCGCCAGUCCCCGCCCCCGCGGGGACCCCGGUCCCAGCUCCUGGGCCCGCUGCAGUCCUGCCAGUGCCCGCGUCGGAUCUGGCCUGGAGAAGGACAGAACUUCUGAGCCACAGCGGGGAGAGGAGCCUGAAGGCACGGCAGGAGCUGGAGGAGCGCCGCCUCCUGACGGCGUGUCAGACCCGGGAGGAGCAGGCGGAGGAGCACCUCACCACGAAGCAGGAGGACGCCUUCCACAGCUACUUUGAGAUCUUCAACGGUCAUGGCGAGGUGGACGCGCAGAGCCUGGAGAACAUCCUACUUCUUGUGGGCAUCUCCCUGACGCCGGCCCAGGUGGAGGGUGCCCUGAGGAGCGCUGACAUCGACGGAGAUGGUCGUGUGAACUUCAAAGACUUCUUGACCGUGAUGACAGACACCAGGCGCUUCUUCUGCUCUGUGGAACAGAACACCCUGAUGGACACUUCUCCUCCAAACCCCCAUACUCUGUUCUUUGAGAUCCUGUCCCUGCUGGUUGAGAUGCUGGCCUUACCCGAGCGAGCCUUAGAGGAGAUCACCAGCUAUUACCAGAAGAAGCUGAAGGAAGGCACCUGUAAGGCUCGGGAGAUGGAAUCGGCCGUAGGGCGGCUGCGGCCCCGGGAGAAGCUCCCCUACAACACCCCACAGGCAGACACCCUGGAAAUGCCCGAACGCAGAGUCCUCAGGGUCCUGAGCCGGCUGAAGCAGCAGAACUACGCUGCCAACCUGCAGAGCCCGUACGCCCAGGUGCCUUGCAUCCCGCUCUGCCCGCGGCUGGACAAGAAGACGGUUCGCCGGAAGCAGGGCGGCCACUACGUGCUGGAACAGUGCACCACCAGCGGCCUGGGCCCCGACAUCCACAGCAUCCUCUUGCACGCUGGAUCUCAGGGAGGCAGGGGCCGCAUGGCCGAAAACAGGACCCCGGAGGCUUCCAGAGUCUCUGCCUACCGGGGAGGCCGGGGCAGCCCUGCCGCCCGUCCCUGA